UUGUGCAUCAUGUGACCCAGAUUUUUGGAUCUGCUGUCAGAUUGAAAUGAAGACGAUGAAACCACAGCAGCUUCAGCUGAGCUGUCAAUCAGCAGCAGCAGUCUUAUCUGUGGGCCGCAGGGGCUGAUGGGAGCUUUGAGGACCUGUUAGAAACCACGUGGCCCUCGUCUGAUCUCACAGCUCGUCCUUGUUUGGCCUCAGCUGCAUCAGAGCGCCACUUCUCCCCAGGUUCACCAGAGGAAACACCACUGCACAAAAUGCUUUUCCUCCCAGCUGCUGCUCUGUGCUGUCUGUGUUCAGCACUGGUUACCAUGGCAGCAGGACAGCUGAUUCAAGAUGGUUUAGCACAUACCAAGAAAGUUGGAGAAAGUGCUUUCUUCAACUGUGGAGGGAUUAAUAAGUGUGAUAGCCGUGCACCCUAUGUAUUCUGGUACCAGAAGAAAGAAAAAGAAACAUUCAGAGUGAUUCUUGAUAUAAACAAGAAUAGUGGUGGCAUAGAUAAAAAUUACGGUCAUGCUCAGAGAGAUGAUUUCUCAGCUGUGAAAACACAGAACGGCUGUGAGUUGAAGAUAGAGAAAGUUAAACGUGAUCAUUCAGCCACCUACUACUGCUCCUGUUGGAAAGGAAGAUACUACUUCAUCUUUGGCUCUGGAACUAAACUGUCUGUAACAGAUGGAAAUCAGAGCACCCAGAAAAGAACGACACAGGCACCGAGAGUUCCUGCAAACACACAGCAGAGCCCCACCCGACCAGCAGGACCCAGAGUCCACGUGGAGGGGAACAGCUCCCUGCUGUGUGUGCCCCCAGCCAUGUUUCCUCACCUGGUCCAGCUGUCGUGUAAAAGACAGAAGAAGAACGGCUGGCUGGAGGAGCUGCCCCCUGCUGAUGGAGAGCAGCUGGAGCUCAGAGAGUCGGGACGCAGCGCCUCCAUCUUACUGAUCCAUCAGCAGGAGAAAAGCACAUAUAAAUGUACCUGCUGGGUGAAGCACGAGGGGGGCACAGUGGAGGCCCGAACACAACAAGAGCUUCCAGCUCCAGCAGCCUCCUGUCCUCCAGAGAGAGAGCCAGCAGACCUGCCAGCUCUGCAGCCAGCUGACUUGUCCUUCCAGUCUCAGUGCAGGGUGAAGCUGCUCUGCCUGCUGUACACAGUGCUGAUAGUGAAGAGUCUGGUGUACUGCUGUGGACUCUCUCUGCUGAUGAUGCUCACAAACAAGGGAGCGUCCACCAACUGCACACAUGCUGACUGACUGUUUCCUGCUCGCCUUUUCUCACCAUCACAUCUCAUCAAUUCAUCUCAUUCAUCACUUUGAUCACAAAUGUUAGUUAUGAUGUGUUGAGCUUAUUUUGCCUUUUUCUUCAACAGUUAGAAGAUCGUCUGAAAUAAAUACAUCUUUACAUGUAUUGUUGCUCUGAGUUAGAAUUCUUUUUGUGCUUAUUGUGACUUUUAUUGUAGUAACAAAAACCAUCAGGAAUAUUUUUAUCACAAGUUUUUGUUUGAUUUUCAAAUGUCAAACAGUGUAGUUGUGUUUGUGUGAACAAUAAAGAUUUGA